CACGAUUCAUCCUGAGACUUGCACGCACAUCAACGAACUCUUUUGCAUCCUGACUCAAAUCACCUCGAUUCGUGUUCAAAGCCCAAAAAGUCACACCAAUGCUUGAUCUCAUUAGCUGUUUUGAGUAGAGAUGGUAUCAUAUGCUGGAACUUGGGAAAAUAAAAUUAAAAUGGAGAGAGAGGAGGGGGAAGAGGUGGGAGUGGGGCCUUUCGAUUAGGACAGAGAGGGAAAGAGAUGGAAAGUUGAGACUUGAAAGCGUGCUUGCCGGCCAUUGUACCUUCCCUUAUGUUCUCUCUCUCUCUCGCUCUCGCUGAGCUAUUUUUCUCCUAUUUUGGACAAUUUUUUUAUUGUUUAUUUUUGGGAUUGAUGGUGAGGGUUGGAUGAAACCAAAGGGAGGGAAGAUCCGGUGGAGGAGUCGGUGGAAAAUCUAGGGGGGAAAAAAAAAAUGGAGGAAAAACGAGGUGGAUUCGGUGCAUGAGCGAGUCGGAGAAGGGGUGGGAAGGAAAAAAGAUUGCUUUUUGAGGGGGAAAAGCUGGAAAGCUCGCUUUUUUUGGGGAUCGAUAUCGGAAAAAGCGGGCUGAAGUGGUGGUCUCAAGGUCUUCUGAGCUCUGGCGGGGUGUCUUUCGUGGGGAAUUUUGGGUGGAUUCGAAGGAGGAUGGCUGGGUUUGUCCGUGUUGGUCCAGGGAGUGAUGGGUUGUGUGGGAAUGGUGGGUUCCAGGGGUGAAAAAGGACAGAUUGUGAUGCUUAGAGUGCGGUGAAAAGUAGAAUAGUGUCUUCCUUUGUGUCCAUUUUGAUUCAUACUGGGAGGAGUGGAUCUUGGGAUGUGAUAAGUUUGGGGUGAAGAAUGAAGAACUCGGUGUAUUUUUUUUGAAGUUGGUUUUCUUAAUUCCUUGGACCACAUCUGGCUUUCUCUCGGUUUUGGUUUGGCUGCUAGAAAAAAUAUCGAUAACUUGGGUGGAGUGGAUGCCGAGUGGACGGCGCUUUCAGUGUUAGGUGUGAGAAUUUUGGAUUCAAGAGCUGGAGAAGGUGGCAGUGGUCGAAUUCUAGUUUUCCUACUUGUCUAAAGAAAACUAUUGUGCUUGUGAGGUUGCUUGGAAUAAAAAAGUUGUCUUUUUACAAAGGAAACAAGACCGGACUUGGCUCUUUUGUUGCUAAGGUAUCGGAUCCUUCAGCAUUGGACUUCUCGAGGUUUCAUAGCCAUGGAGUUAGGCAUCUGAGGCUUCUCUUAUAUGAAAAUUUCAGUGGAAGAUGAGUUAAAUUAGUUCUUGAUGUUGGUAUAUGUGAUGAUUAGAAUGCCAGUGUUUUCAAAAUCUGUAAGGGGUUUUUCUCCUGCGGUCCUCAAAUAUGUACUACUGCUAUUCUUUCUAUUACUAUGUGGUUCCCAAGGGCUUAGCAUGGAAGGCCAGUACCUGUUGGAACUUAAGAAUCAGCUGAGGGAUGACCUCCACCACCUUGAUAGUUGGAACCCUGAAGAUCAGACACCUUGUGGAUGGAAGGGUGUGAAUUGCACAUUUGACUAUGAUCCACUGGUUUUCUCUCUCAAUCUGAAGUCCAUGAAUCUUUCUGGAACCAUCUCUCCAAGCAUUGGUGGCUUAGUGCACCUAACAUAUCUUGACCUUUCCUUCAAUUGGUUCUCAGGAAGAAUCCCUGCAGAGAUUGGAAAUUGCUCAAAACUAGAGACUCUAAACCUGAACAACAAUACCUUAGAAGGUGAAAUCCCUCCAGAAUUGGGUAAGCUCUCCUCCUUGAAAAACUGCAAUUUGUGUAAUAACAAGCUUUCUGGUUCUCUUCCUGAGGAGAUCGGAAAUCUCUCCUCACUGUCAGCAUUAGUGUUGUAUACCAACAACCUCACAGGUCCGUUGCCUCCUUCCAUUGGAAGACUCAAGAACCUGACCACCUUUCGAGCAGGGCAGAAUAUGAUCUCUGGAAGCUUACCUGUCGAGAUAAGUGAAUGCCAGAACUUGACACUGCUUGGUCUUGCCCAAAACCAGCUAGGAGGUGAGAUCCCUAAGGAGCUCGGGAAGCUGGGGUACUUGACUGAACUGGUUCUUUGGGCCAAUCAACUGUCUGGAGUUAUCCCCAAGGAGCUUGGGAACUGUUCGAGCCUUCAGACCCUGGCACUGUACCAGAAUAAUCUAGUGGGCCAUAUUCCUACUGAGAUUGGAAACCUGAAGAAUUUAAAGCAGUUAUAUCUGUAUAGGAAUGAAUUGAAUGGGACGAUCCCAAAGGAGAUUGGGAAUCUUACUCUCACAACAGAAAUAGACUUCUCAGAGAAUUUGUUGACUGGACAUAUACCAACAGAGUUGAGUAACAUAAAGGGCUUGCACCUGCUCUAUCUCUUCCAGAACCAACUUACAGGUUUUAUCCCAACCGAGCUUUGUGGACUAAAGAAAUUGACUAAGCUUGAUCUCUCAAUCAACUACCUCACUGGACCCAUCCCUAAUAGAUUCCAGUAUCUGACUGAGCUGGUCCAGUUACAACUCUUUGAUAACAUGCUGUCUGGUGGCAUUCCUCAGAGGCUUGGGGUGUAUAGUCCACUUUGGGUGGUUGAUUUUUCAGACAACAACCUCACUGGGCAAAUUCCAAGCCAUCUUUGCAGGCAUUCUAAUCUUAUUUUGUUGAACCUGGGUUCAAACAAGCUGACUGGAAACAUCCCCACGGGGAUCACAAAUUGCAAAUCUCUAGUGCAGCUUCGUUUGGGUGGGAACAGCCUCACAGGCAGCUUCCCCUCUGACCUCUGCAAACUGGUCAACAUCAGUACCAUUGAGUUAGGUAAGAACAAGUUCAGUGGUCCUAUUCCUCCAGAUAUAGGUAACUGUAAUGCUUUGCAAAGGCUUCACAUUCCAAACAACUUUUUUACAUCUGAGUUGCCAGGAGAGAUUGGUAAUCUAUCACGGCUAGUUUUCUUUAACAUUUCAUUUAACAGACUUGGGGGAAGAAUACCUCUAGAGAUUUUCAGCUGUACAAAGCUCCAAAGACUUGAUAUCAGCCAGAACCGCUUUGUGGGCACAUUACCAAAUGAAGUUGGAAACCUCCUGCAGUUGGAAUUGCUGAUUCUUUCUGAUAAUAGCCUGUCUGGAAAUAUACCCCCGAUUUUAGGACAGCUUUCUCGUUUGACAGGGUUGCAGAUGGGUGGUAAUCAGUUUAGUGGUGUAAUACCAGAGGAAUUAGGUGGUCUCUCGAGCUUACAAAUUGCAAUGAAUCUCAGCUAUAACAAUCUUUCUGGAUACAUACCACAGGAGCUUGGAAAUCUUGCUCUAUUGGAAUUUCUUCUACUCAAUAAUAAUCACUUAACUGGUGAAAUCCCAUCCACAUUUGCAAACUUAUCCAGUUUACUUGGGCUUAAUGUCUCGUACAAUGACCUCACUGGUCCUCUUCCCCCUAUUUCUUUGUUUCGAAACAUGGCCUUGAGCAGCUUUGUAGGAAAUAAAGGGCUUUGCGGUGGACCUCUUGGUGAAUGUGUUGGAUCUCCAUCUUUGUCUACUUCAUCAUCAAUGAGAACAUCAAGUAACCCAUUGGGAAAGAUCAUUGCUAUAAUUGCUGCUGCCAUUGGAGGGAUAUCACUUGUUCUUAUUGCUGUGAUUUUAUAUUUUAUGAGAAGACCAUUGGAGACUGUCACUCCUUUGCAAGACAAGCAGCUUUAUUCCACAACAUCGAGCAUGUAUAUUUUCCCAAAGGGAGGAUUCACAUUCCAGGAUUUGGCUGCUGCCACAAAUAAUUUUGAUGAGGGUUUUGUAAUUGGAAGAGGUGCUUGUGGGACAGUAUACAGAGCAGUCAUGCAGUCUGGUCAGACAGUUGCAGUAAAGAAGUUAGCAUCAAAUAGAGAGGGGAACAAUACUGACAACAGCUUUAAUGCAGAGAUUUUGACUCUUGGAAAGAUAAGGCAUCGAAACAUUGUGAAGCUAUAUGGUUUCUGUUAUUACCAGGGCUCCAAUUUUCUUCUGUAUGAGUACAUGUCAAGAGGCAGCCUAGGUGAGCUACUUCAUGGGGGAUCUUCUUCCAGCCUUGACUGGGAUACGCGUUACAUGAUUGCCCUUGGAGCUGCUGAGGGGCUUUCAUACUUGCACCAUGAUUGUAAGCCCCACAUCAUUCACCGAGAUAUCAAGUCUAACAAUAUUCUACUUGAUGAAAAUUUUGAAGCACAUGUUGGCGAUUUUGGAUUGGCAAAGGUAAUUGAUAUGCCAUACUCAAAAUCAAUGUCUGCGGUUGCUGGAUCUUAUGGGUACAUAGCACCUGAGUAUGCUUACACAAUGAAGGUCACAGAAAAAUGUGAUAUUUAUAGUUAUGGAGUUGUCCUUUUGGAGUUGCUGACUGGAAGGACACCUGUUCAGCCAUUAGACCAAGGUGGUGACCUUGUUACAUGGGUAAGGAACUACAUAAAGAACAAUUCAUUGACUCCUGCAAUACUCGAUGAUAAAUUGAAUCUAGAAGACAAGAAUGCUGUUGAUCACAUGAUCACAGUUUUGAAAAUUGCUUUGAUGUGUACAAAAAUGUCACCAUUUGAUAGACCGCCAAUGCGGCAAGUUGUACUAAUGCUGAUUGAGUCUAAAGAGAGAGCUGGGAGCUUUGUAUCCUCACCAGUUUCCAAUCUCUCAUUAAAGGACAAUCAUUUAUAAUGUAUUUAUAUUCUGCAUUAAUUGAAGUGAUAAUUUUUUUCU